AUGUUAGGACUGAUUGAUCCAUUGUAUGUCGUUCUACGUCCCAUUCAGUGGUUUUUCACCCAUAUAAAAACCUCACCAUACACCGAUGAAGGACUUCAGAUUUUGACCUUUACUCAGCACUCAGUGAGGGAACUUAAUCGUGCCAGAAAAUACUGCGACACGGGGCUUCGAUCGGUAAAGUCUCCUAUGAAGGACCCGCAUUUUUUACUUCAAAGUGAAGAGCGUACCAAUUUUUCUCGACCUAGAAGUUUAAGCGGGACUGGCAUAUCCAGGAUAGAGAAAGAAAGCUUUUCAAAUCUGACUUAUCUCCAGAGACUUUCUUUGGUGAACAACGAUCUUGCCUUUAUUGACCAAAAAACUUUCUCUGGAUUACGAAACCUGAGGUUUCUGGAAGUGCGUCAAAAUCCAUUUCACUGUGAUUGUUUACUGGAAGGCUUUGUACAAUUUAUUCAAAAAUUUCAACUAAAUAAUUCCAUGGACACACCAAAAUGUGCCACGCCAAUUAAACGAAAAGGGAUGAGGUUAAAAGACAUUUCUCCAACAGUUUUGUCCUGUGAAAAAUCAAGUAUGACUGGUUCUAUCUAUUAUCUCUUGCGUCAGAUCCAUGGUUCCGCUUGA